GUCGUUUGGGGGAGAGAGAGAGAGAGAGAGAGAGAGAGAGAGAGAGAUGGCUCUGAAUCCACAGCUGUUUGCGAACGGAAUGCCAGUUCCCUUCUUCAACGAGAUGUUCGUCAUGGCUCGCGAUGGCGUUGAGUUCCAAAUCAACCGCAUCUAUCUAGAUAGUGGGGGAAAAGUCAAGGCAAAGGGGAUGAUCUACUUGUCAAAUAUACGUAUAGUGUUCGUUGCAAAGAAACUGGUCGGGAACUUUGUGGCUUUUGAUAUGCCCCUGCUUUAUAUUCAUGGUGAAAAAUUCAACCAGCCAAUAUUCUCAUGCAACAACAUAUCAGGCCUUGUGGAGCCUGUAAUACAAGAACACCAGCCCAGGGCCAUCGACUCCAGUCACUCGUUCAAGAUAUUGUUUAAGGAUGGUGGCUGUGGAACCUUUGUUCCACUCUUUCUGAAUUUGAUUGCUUCUGUGAAGCAGUUCAACCAACACCCUGCUCACUCCACUGCCAACACUACACAUGUGGACCCUUUACAAGCGGCUCAAAUCCCAGUUGAAGAAAUGAUGAAGCAUGCGUAUGUGGACCCAAGUGAUCCAACACAAAUUUUCUUGCAGCAGCCCAAGCCAGAAUCUCAAAUGAAGCGGCAUGCUUACGAUUCCUAGUCUCUUCUAGUACUUGUUGGGAUCAGGCAUCUGUCUUCUGUAAAUACAUGUUCUCUGUUAUUUUUGGACAUAAAAAAGAGUAAAUUUAUUUGUCUUCUAUAAACAACUGAUGAUAAGCCUUCGUCUACACCUUUUUAACUAGUAAUCCAAGCCUUACUCCUCUUCUUCUUCUUCUUCUUCUUCUUCUUUCAAUCUCUAUCUUGGCCAGCUUCCCAUGAUCUCCAUCUGGAGUUACGCAUUCAUUUUGGCUUUUUGCUUCAACACCAAGAAUUAUUGAUGGAUUUAGCCACUGCUUCUGUUUAUGGUCAUAUAGUUCAAAGAGGAAUGCAAAUGCUUCAUAUGAAAUGGGUG